AAAAUGUCGUUAAUACAAGGUGGGAGAUUGCCCCACGGACUCUAAUUUUCUCAAAUCAAAAUCAACGGUUCACAACUAACAUCUGCUUGGUUUUUCAAAAUAAAAAGAAUAGCUAAUAAUAUUUGAGGUUCUCUUUUUUUUUUCUCUCCUUCUGGUCUCUCCUCCACAAUCAAAGAACUCAGUAAUCGUUCCUCUGUUCAGAGACAUGGCGAGCAUUGCUACAACACAUUCCAGUCUAUGGUCGUCUGGAGCUCGACAAUGUUUUAGUGGAAGAUUUAGUGAAGGCAGAAGACCAGGAUAUAAAGGAGCUGUACUUCCUCACAAAUCAAACUUUUCUGGGAGUUGUGAUGUUUUCUACAACAAUCACUGUCAUAAAGCUGGAAAACAUCAUGUUUUUUGUUGCAGCUCACUGAAUAAGAAUGAUCCAAUUGAGCCAGAAGAUGAAAACUCAGAUGCAGAAUCAUCAAAUCCUGAAAGCCAACCGGCAAGCGGUGACAAUUUUAGGGACAAUCUGGAAAGAAUUAUUGGAAUUGAUGACUCUAAGUUCAGUGGGGCAGACCUUGCAGCUCUUAUAAGAAACAAAUAUGGAAGGUCCUACGACGUUCAACUUAUAAAGAAGGAGUUCAUGGGAAGAAACCUUCUUGCUAUGAAUGUUAUGUGGAAGUACCGAGAGCAGAGAUCAUUCCCAUUAACCGAAGAGGAAUACAUACUGAGGCUUGAUGAUGUAGCCAACAAUCUGAGAUGUUGGGGUGCCGUCUCACAUAUCAGAAACAGCCUCGCAAAGUUGAAAGAGAGGCCACGGAUCGGAAAGGCUGUGAGCAUAUUUAUAGACAUGGAUGAGUCCGGUGCGCGUUCAAAUGAAUGGAUCUACAAAUGAGUUUUUGUACGAAUGGCGCAUUUGUAGAUCAGACGUAGACGACUCUUUUUUGUGGAAACAGAUCAUUGCUCUUAAAGAAAACAAGGCACAAGGCAGAGAUGAAGGCACCAAUCCUAUCUAUUCUGCUGCUUAUUCUUUGAUGUGUUAAUGUUCUCAUUAGCUUGAGAAAAUGUAUAUACUAUACCAGUACAUAGGUUGUGGAAUGUUAAAUGAUUAUUUAUGGCACUCCAUUUUAUCUCUUCUCUUAAAACAAAUCUUGAACUUUAUACAUUCACCAUUUUUGGACAUACAAUAUGCAUCCAAAUUUAAAUUAAUCUUGCUUAUUUGGUUCCUGUA